UUGGUUGAGUAGAAGCUGUCAGACGCUGCCAGCAGUAGACGAGGAAGCAGUAUUAAGUGCAGAGCUAAGUGAACACUCUCCUUCCAGACUGUAAAAACUAUAGUAUCUGCAACUUUUGCCAUUGUAUUGUCUAAUGAAUGGAAAUAUUAGAUAUCAGUCAUUGAGCUAAUUGUAGUCGCGUGCAUGGCUUGAUAAAUCAUGUGCAGAGUACACGAUUGAAGAGAAAGUGCAUUGACAAUUGAUAUCUGGAGAUAAUCAUGCUUCAUUUGAGACAGUUGGCUUGCAGUUGGUGGUCGUGUCUCCUUCACAGUAGAGCACCAUGUGUGAAAACAUUGGUCCAUGGAGAUCAGAGGAGACUGUUCAACACCUCAAACAGCCGUAUGACAAUAAUGCCUGCUUGGGUUAUCGAUAGAUACGGCAGCAAUGAUGUCCUACGGUUCACUAAAAACGCCAGCUUCCCAAUCAUCAACUAUCCGAAUGAAGUCGUCGUUCAAGUUCAUGCCGCAGGUCUAAACCCCAUUGACGUCAGCAUGAGAGGCGGGUAUGGGGCUGCCACUAUGGCCAUGAAGAGAGACCCCCUGAACAUCAAGCAGUCGGGCAGUGAGUUCCCCCUCAUUCUGGGCCGAGAUAUGUCCGGAGUCAUCAUGGAGUGUGGUCUGGAUGUGACACCAGCCUACUUUAAAGAGGGGGAUGAGGUGUGGGCGGCCAUUCCCCCAUGGAAACAAGGCAGCCUGGCUGAGUUUGUGGUUUUGAGUGCAAAUGAGGUGUCCAAAAAGCCCAAAUGUCUGAGUCACAUAGAGGCGGCGGCUGUUCCUUACGUGGCUGCCACAGCCUGGUCUGCCCUAGUCAACACAGGAGGCCUCAACAAGGACAACUGUGCCAAGAAACGCAUUCUGAUCCUGGGCGGUUCAGGAGGAGUCGGAACAUUUUCCAUACAGAUGCUCAAGGCCUGGGGAGCCCAUGUGACAGUAACCUGCUCCCAGAAUGCCGAGCGGCUGGUGAGGGGUCUAGGGGUGGAUCACGUGGUGGACUACACAGCUGGGCCUGUUGAGGUGCCCCUGAGGGCGCUGGAAAAGUUUGAUCUGGUUCUGGAUAAUGUGGGCGGGGACACAGAGAGCUGGGCGCUGGGCCUGCUGAAGCCGUGGUGCGGCGCCAAGUAUGUAACACUGGUAACGCCCUUCCUCUGUAACACUGACCGGCUAGGUAUCGCUGAUGGAAUGCUCCAGACCGGGGUCACCGUGGCAUCCAAGGCCCUCAAGCAUUUAUCCAAAGGAGUGCACUAUCGCUGGGGGAUGUUUGCACCCAACGGACUUGCCCUGGAUGACAUCAGCGAGAUGGUGGAUGCAGGAAAGAUCCGUGCGGUGGUGGAAGAGGAGUUUACCUUCUCCCAGGUGCCCCAGGCCAUGCUGAAGGUAGAGAAGGGACACGCUCGGGGGAAGACUGUGGUCAAGAUCAGCAGCGGAGAGGACUCGUCCGAGUAACCAGCGAAAUCCUUAGGCAUCCAUUAUGAGAAAUGAUCCUUUAUGAUCGUCUGUGCUAAGGCUAUGACUGUGUGUCUGUCUGAGAAGAGGCUGCCUGUUGUAGCUAUGUGAUAAGUAAAACGUAUUCAAGUCCUUGA